CGUUUACUGCAGAUGGUGAGUCAUGCCCACUCUCCUGGAUUGUCUUGGAGAAUAGCUGGCCACAAAAAACCGAAGGAUCUCGGCUCAGCUGGUAAAUAAAGCCCUCUUCCUUGCGUGCAGCGUGGGAGAAAGUGUCACUGCAGGACUGGUGAGGCAUCCUCUGUAACGGCUGAUAAGAGGAGUGAAAGCAGGGUUGAGCGAUCAUCUUUCCUGCCGAGCCACUCACCUUUCAGGCCAUGGCCUCAUAGCCAGCUGUGAAGGUUGGACUGUCAGUAGGAGCGCACACACACACUCUCAGGUGGACACAGUCUGCAGAGCAGCACAAUGAACCCACACCCGUCUCCCUAACAAGACAUCAAGUUUGCAAAUGAGAGACAAGUCAUGUGAUUUCUUGCAAGAACUUCAUACAGGAUUAAGACUUUGACAGAAUUUUUUUCUUCUUCCCUUGGAGCGGAGUGGGAGUGUGUGGUGGGAGCAGAGGGAGAGCUGGGUGCUGAUUCGUCUGCUUUAUGAGUUAUCAUCACUGGGAGUGUGUGUUUUUGCGUGGCAGGGGGAGCUAGCAUGGCCAAGCCUCUGCUGAGGAUACAGCGCUACUUCCGCAGGAAACCUGUCCGAUUCUUCUCCCUGAUCCUCCUCUACCUGACGGCCGGCAGCCUGGUCUUCCUGCACUCUGGCUUCGUUGGGGACAGUGGUCCCGGGGCCAGGGGGGGAAGGGACGCCGUUGUGGCCUCAGAGACGGGCGGCAGGACGUCAUCAGAUACACGCGGUUUUGGUAUCAUGAGCAGAGUGUUUAAGGAGACGCGCAGGUCCGGACGAAGGUAUGGUCCCCGUUGGAUGAGAAAGGGUGGCCAGGAGGGCAACGCGGUGACCAGGAAGGGGGGAGACUACACCAGCAGCUGGAACCGUGCACUGAAAGGACGGAAUGCCAAAGACAUGGAUGAAGCAAGAGCAAAACACAUCGGCUGCUAUGUUGAUGACAUUCAGAAAAGAGCAUUAAGAGGAGUUUCCUUUUUUGACUACAAAAAAAUGACCGUAUUUCGUUGCCAGGACAACUGUGCUGAAAGAGGCUACAUGUAUGCGGGGCUGGAGUUUGGGGCAGAGUGCUACUGCGGUCACAAGAUUCAGGCGCCCAACGUUUCAGAGAGUGAAUGCAACAUGGAGUGUAAGGGAGAGAGGAGCAACCUGUGCGGAGGAGCCAACAGAUUGUCCAUCUACAGGCUGGAGCUGAGCCAGGAGUCAGCGCGUCGCUACGGUAAUGCCAUUUUCAAAGGCUGUUUCCACCGGCCAGACAAUGUCACUCUGGCUCUCCCCUUCAGCGCUGUCAUCCAAAACAUGUCCGUGGACAAGUGUGUGGACCUGUGUACUGAGAAGGAGAAAUCCCUGGCGGUUUUGGCUGGAGACCAAUGUUACUGCGGCUUCCCGACCCCUCUCUUCUCCCUUCAUGAGCUGGAGAAUGAGGACAUGUGUCUCCAUCGCUGCCCCGGCGAAGAAUUCGAAAGCUGUGGAAACGACAAGUUCUUUGUGGUUUACCAGACACAGGUUCAAGAUAAUCGCUGUAUGGACAGACACUUUCUUCCCACUCGUGCUAAGCAUCUCGUGGCUCUCGCCAGUUUCCCUGGAGCUGGCAACACCUGGGCUCGCCACCUCAUAGAGCUCGCCACGGGCUUCUACACAGGCAGCUAUUACUUUGAUGGCUCCCUAUACAAUAAAGGUUUUAAAGGAGAGCGGGACCACUGGAGAAGUGGGAGGACGAUCUGUAUUAAGACGCACGAGAGCGGCAGGAAAGAGAUUGAGGCCUUUGAGUCGAGCAUCCUCAUGAUCCGAAACCCUUACAAAGCCCUCAUGGCAGAAUUUAAUCGGAAAUAUGGUGGACAUAUUGGAUUUGCCUCACAGGCGCACUGGAGAGGAAAAGAGUGGCCUGAGUUUGUCAAGAACUAUGCUCCUUGGUGGGCGUCCCACACACUGGACUGGCUGAAUUACGGGAAGAAAGUCCACGUGGUUCAUUUUGAAGGCCUGAAGAGGGACCUCUUCACCCGGCUCAAGGGUAUGGUUCAGUUCCUGGGCCUGAAGGUGUCGGAAGACCGCCUGCUCUGUGUCGAGGGCCAAAAGGACGGAAACUUUAAGCGAUCUGGACUUCGUAAGCUUGAGUAUGACCCAUACACACCUGAUAUGCGAGCAAACAUCGAUGAACUGAUCAGAACAGUUGAUGCUGCCUUGAAGAAAAAAAACAUGUCUGGAGUUCCAGAGGAAUAUAUGCCAAGAUGAUAAAUGUGUUUUCCUAGAUGUUUUUUUCUCGUCAAUAUAUUUUGUAGGAUUAUAAGACUCAUAGUUUUUCCAAUAAUUUUUCCGUCAUGCCACUUAGUUUGAAGCUGUAGAAAAAAGACAUCUGCCUCUUUAUUUAAGUUUUUUUUUUUAUUCUUUUGGAUUUAACUAUCUGUUGAAUUUCCACAGCCUAAUACAUUUACACACAAAGCAUUCUUAGAGACUCACCUUUCUGUUUUGCUGAGGGAAAACCGGCUCUAUGCAUACCUACUGUGUAGGCAUGUGCACAUGCCUAAGCGCCACGAUGGAAGCUGAUCACAGAGGGGCUCAUUUGACUGCGCUGGGUGGUUUGUCGCCAGUGAAAAUAAACAUUUUUCUGAAGUUGUGAUACAACACAGCAACGUGUUGUGAAGCUAAUUUUGUACAAAACAGGUAUAACUAUUUAGAGAGACAAAUUGUAAUAAUUUUCUGCUGCUAUCGUAAUUACAAAAUACUUUUAUAAGUGAAGUUCUCAGAAAAUUAAAGAUUUAAUCUCUAUAUCAGAGGGUAGAAAUGCAAUAUGUCAUUUACUGAUGGUGAUGAUGAUGAUGAUGAUGAUGAUGAUGAUGAUGAUGAUGAUAAUGAUCAUACUGUGUUCCCAUGUUUUCUUAAGUUAUUCAUCUUUCUCCUGUUUUUUGUUGAUUGAUAAGAGAUAAUAAGUAGAUGA